AUUGUAUCCCAUUGCUUCUACGCGGUUUUCGACUACGCUCGUAUCUUUUCUUGCCGAUCGCACCUGUACUCCUUUGGCACGAUCUCGGUAUUCUUUCGAUACCACGAGAUUGCCAACAAAUAUAUACGACUACUACAAUCAUCUGCCUUCUGAUAUUUUGGCCUACCGGAAUUUUAUUGGUCUAUUGGCAAGUAGUCUGGUAGCGGUGUUCAUAGUUCAGCUCAACUCGACACCACGCUACAUUUGGUGAGCCAAAUUUUGGAACACGCCUCAACUUCGGUCAAAUCUUCUGCAACUGGUGAACCUACAUCUACGACCACUUGGCAAUCGCAACCAAACCUUCCAAAGAAGUCAAUUUCGGUGAGUCUAUCGCUUAUCUAUCCACGUCUGUCAUAUAUUUUCAUAUUAAUUUUUAAUAUAUAUAUUUGACAUGAAGGAUACCGAUAAGAAUAGUAUUAACGUAAUAGACUCUGACGUACAGGUUAUACACUUUCGACCUGUAUCUUUUAUUCCUCACGAUCCCGAAGUUUGAUUUGCUGGCGAGUAAAAGCGGCCGUACUCGCCGGCCCUGCCCCCCAGGUUGGCCGUUUAUUUUACGUGCACGAUUAUCGCACAAACGCUAGGUACCUAGUGGAUACAGGUGCCCAAGUUUCUGUCGUACCACGAGGUAGCAUCAAGUCACAAGCUACAAUGCUUCAAUUACGCGCUGCAAAUGGCUCAGCCAUUCCUACCUACGGUACACGACAACUCGCGGUCAACCUGGGCAAUCGACGACGGUAUCUGUGGACGUUCAUCAUUGCUGAUGUUCCCACAGCCAUACUAGGUAUUGAUUUCUUACAGCACUAUGAAUUGCUAGUCGAUUCACGUAGGCUGCAGCUAAUCGAUACUUCGUCGAGCAGUAAAUUCUUGGGCUUUAAAGCUCACACAAACGCGUACCGAAUCCUCGGCACUUUUUAUUCGCGUGACGACAAAUUCCACGCCUUAUUCGAGAAAUUCCCCAGAUUAACUAAACCACUCGAGGAGAUUUCAUCGGUGACCAAUCGUGUGGUACACCACAUAGUCACCCGCGGACCACCAGUCACGGCAAGACCACGCCGACUGGCACCGGACAAAUUAGCUUUCGCUAAACGUGAGUUUGACAAUUUACUAUCUGCUGGUAUUAUUCGUCCUUCUCACAGUCCUUGGGCCUCUCCUUUACACAUGGUGCGCGAAAAGGAUGGGGUUAGUUGGAGACCAUGCGGCGACUACCGAGCAUUAAACGUAGUUACGCGCUUUGAUAGCUACCCCAUCCCCCACAUACCCGACAUCACGGCAUCGCUGAAAUGCACGACUAUCUUUUCUAAGAUCGAUCUGGUACGAGCAUAUCACCAGAUCCCAGUCGCUCUUGAAGACAUCGAGAAAACUGCUAUCACGACUCCUUUCGGUCUGUUUGAGUUCCUACGAAUGCCAUUUGGAUUACGAAAUGCUGCUCAAACUUUUCAAAGGUUUAUCGAUAGCAUAGUACGAGACUUGGAUUUUGUUCACGUCUAUAUUGAUGACCUGCUGAUCGCAUCAUCAAACGUAGAUGAACAUUAUCAACACCUUACGCUAUUAUUCCAACGUCUUUCGGAUAAUGGAAUAGUAGUCAACCCAGAGAAAUGUGAGUUGGGUAAAUCAGAAAUAAUAUUUCUGGGUCACAUCAUCAGACAAGAGGGUAUUCUGCCUUGCGAGGACAAAAUUCGAGCAAUCAAGGAGUACAACGUGCCGUCCUCAAUCAAGGAACUGAAGGCUUUUCUCGGUUUGGUUAACUUCUACCGACGUUUCAUCCCUCACGCGGCAGAACGGUUACGACCAUUAACCGAUUUACUACGCGGUAAUCCACGCAAAUUAGAAUUGAACGAUACCGCACGUACUGCAUUCUCAGAGAUCAAAACGGCUCUCGCUGAAGUUACACUUCUCGCUCAUCCUGACCCAUCAGCCACGCUUAGUAUAGCGGUUGAUGCAUCAGAUUUCGCUAUAGGAGCCGUCAUGCAACAGAAUAUCUCCGGUAGUUGGCAACCGCUCGAAUUUUUCUCACGACGCCUUACUCCCACGGAGACGAGAUAUAGCGCUUUUGGUCGCGAGCUGCUUGCAGCCUACUGCGCCAUCAAACAUUUCCGGCACGCAGUAGAAGGACGUCAAUUCAUCUUAUUCACCGACCAUAAUCCCUUAACGUAUGCCCUGCAUACCAAGUCUGACCGCUACUCACCACGAGAGUGCAGACAUUUGGACUAUAUCUCACAGUUCACGACAGACCUUCGUCACAUUAAAGGCGAGUCGAACUAUGUUGCCGAUGCUCUUUCACGUAUCCAGACGAAUGCAGUUACUUUACCGGUGCUCGAUCUUCCUGCUAUGGCCGCCGCACAAGCAAACGAUCCUGUCUGUACAGAAGCACCACAAUCUUCGUCCCUUCAGUGUCAGGAAGUACCUCUAGCUACUAGCUCAGGUACUAUCCUAUGUGAUAUUUCUACCGGUCUUCCUCGACCCAUCGUACCCUCUACCUAUCGCCGUCUCGUCUUCGAUGCCCUUCAUGGAUUGUCUCAUCCAGGUAUCGCAGCCACAUUACGCCUCAUCGCUGCACGAUACGUCUGGCCGUCCAUGAAUAAAGAUGUUCGUAUGUGGGUAAAGCAAUGCUUACAGUGUCAACUAUCAAAAGUGCACAGGCACGUAGCUGCCCCCAUCGGCACGUUCGCUACGCCUGAUGCUCGCUUUGAUCACGUUCAUAUAGACAUUGUACGACCAUUGCCGCUGAACUUGUAUACGGCACGACAUUGCGUCUGCCUGGGGAAUUCUUCACACCACGGAGCAGUAAUGAUUUUGGUAAAUCAGACUACGUCCAUCGACUGUCUGCAUUUAUGCGAACGCUGUCUCCGGUGUCGACCCGAAUACAACAUCGACAGGUCGCUCUCCCUCGAGAGUUAUCUACCUGUUCACAUGUUUUCAUACGAGUAGAUUCGGUACGCAAACCUCUACAACAGCCUUACGAAGGCCCUUUUCACGUGAUCUCUCGUCACGAAAAGACCUUCAAGGUUGAUCGACACGGCCGCGUCGAGAUCGUCAGCAUUGAUCGUCUCAAACCAGCACACGUCGAUGACAGUGCCCUACCCGAUAACUUGAGACUCAAUGCUAGACCUAUUCAACCUUCUAGCGGGAUCUCUACGUCUACCUCGGAUCCCACGCUAGAUACAUCAGAGACCUCAUUCUCACGUCCCGGUCAACAGCACGCGUCAUCUGCACCAUCUACGGACGAGACUUCCGUCUCACGUCCAGAUCAGCAGACCACGCCGCCCUUGACCUCGGAUGGGAUCGCAGGCUCACGAAGUACGAACGAGACCACCGUCUCACGUUCCGGUCGCCGAGUACGAUUACCCGUACGCUUUCGCGACUAAACGCACAGUCAAUAACAGAUACGGUGUAGGAUUAUUCCUAUACUACACGCAUGCUACACUUUUCUUUUUUUGAUUUCUUUUUGUAUCCUGAGCCCACGCCUCCGACCAUCGCCCGUUUGAUAACGUCGACUUCAGUCAACUUUGGCAAAAGCUGGUUUGGCCACCCACGCUCUAGUCAACGCACUCAGUCGAUUAUCUGGUCUCGAAUUCGCCUGGCAUACGCUUGGUAGUUAUGGUCGCGUCCGGUUUCUUGGCUCAACGUGGUUUCGUCCUACGUCUGCAGCGUUUUCUGGUCCGCAUCCAUACGAACGCAAUCAUCAGAUCCUGGAUACAAACCACUCUGGUGUGGUAUGCUAACUCGACCAACAAAUACAGCACACUUCUCCUGGUACCGUUCUGCGCAAAAGACUUUCGUUGGCAACUCGAGGAUCAAUGAUCACUUCCUGUUCCGCCAAUUUCCUCCGUCCUACAACCGCAAUUCUGCUGAGCAGUCCCACGAAUCAAACCGCUAACUAUCGAAAGUGUAAACCCUUUCUAGCGGGGGGCUCAUGUAGUGACCUACUUUUGUCAACAGAACGCGAUUGGUUCGAUGAAAACAAUUAUUAUUAUAACCAAUUGUACCAGUGAUUGUUUUAUUGUGCUCGUUUGUUUAACUGUGCUAAUAACAGCCAUUUUAGUCUUCCAUUGUAUCCCAUUGCUUCUACGCGGUUUUCGACUACGCUCGUAUCUUUUCUUGCCGAUCGCACCUGUACUCCUUUGGCACGAUCUCGGUAUUCUUUCGAUACCACGAGAUUGCCAACAAAUAUAUACGACUACUACAAUC